AUGAUUUCUACUGUUAUGGUUGAAACAAUAAUGUGCAUUCACAGGUUGAGUGGUUCCUAUCCAAUGAGUUCUUUCUCUUUCCUUGUGACUGCUGCAAGUUUGCAGGGGAUCCUUUCCUUUGUUCGACUCAUGAGAAUUCAAUGUAGAAUGAGCCAUUCACAAGAUACUUCCGCUCUUAAGCGGAAAAGGCCAGAAUCGAAUCCCCUUACUCAGUCUCUUGUCGAUGCUGACCGUGCAGUUCUCACAGUGAUCAAAAGUAAAGAAGAUAUGGGAAUCUGGACAAGAGACAUCAAACGAGACACAAACCUACCAGAAAAUCUUGUUAAUAAAUCCCUCAAGUCACUUCUAGCAAAGAAACUGAUAAAGGAGGUUGUAAACAUCCAAAGCAAGGGGAGAAAACACUACAUGGCAGCUGAGUUUGAACCAUCAAAGGAAGUCACGGGUGGCUCCUGGUAUGUGGAAGGGAAUCUUGAUAAAGAAUUCAUUUCUGUUCUCAAAGAUUUUUGCUUUAGGUUCAUACGUAGUCGGAAGGUUGCUACAACGGAGCAAGUUCACGAUUUUUUCAAGAAAAGUGGAGCCAUUAAGGUUGAGUGCACAGUUCAGCAAAUUUCCGAGAUAUUGAGGUGUAUGGUUUUGGACAAUGAAAUUCUAGAGGUGAAGAGUACUGGAUUGGGAGAAUAUCAUUCUAUUCCUAUUGGCACGUCUUGUUAUAGAUGUGCAACUGGGGCAGGGAUUGGACAGGGUCCAAAAAUUGGGCAAUGGCUUCAAUUCCAUGUGGUGUUUGUCCCAGGAUUAGUCAAUGCACACCCAAUGGAAUUAUUUCACCAAGUACUUGUGCCUACUUCACAAAAUGGUUGGAUUUUGAUUACUAAUGGAUUUUAUUUGAGCUAUUUUUCAAAUUGGCUUUUCAUAUUUUGA